UUACCUUAUCAAAAAAAAAAAAAAAAAAAAAAAAGAGGUUUAGUUUCUAAGCCAAUUUUACAUUCUGAAAUGAACAGUAGGUGCCAAGUGGAUCUCAUUGAUUUUCAGACUCAACCUGAUGGAAAGUUUAAAUUUAUCAUGGUCUACCAAGACCACUUGACCAAGUUUAUUUUGCUUCGUGCUUUGGAAUCUAAACGAGCUGAAGAAGUAGCCUACCAUUUGAAUGAUAUAUUUUUGACAAUAGGUGUCCCGUGUAUUUUGCAGUCAGACAAUGGAAGAGAAUUCGUCAAUCGUAUUAUAUGUGAAAUGACGAGUCUUUGGCCAGAACUUAAGCUAGUGCAUGGAAAACCACGGCACAGCCAAAGUCAGGGCUCUGUCGAGAGAGCCAACCAAGACGUCGAGAACAUGAUCAGUUGUUGGCUAAAAGAUAAUCACUCGACUAAAUGGUCAGAAGGAUUGAGAUAUGUACAAUUUAUGAAAAAUAGGGCCUAUCAUUCGGGCAUAAAACAAUCGCCUUACAAAGCUAUGUUUGGAGUUGAACCCAGAGUUGGUCUUUCAACGACAUCACUACCACCAGAAAUAAUAAAGGAUAUUCAAGAUGAAGAUGACGUUCAAAAACUUAUUGAAACUGAUUUAACCCAUAGACAUACAAAUGAUCACAAUAAUUCAGGAGAUGAUAGUGAUUGUAAUGAUAUCGAAACUUCUAAAAUUGGUGAUGAUAUCCAAAAGGCAAGACAANUCUUCUCUUGCUGUUUUAUAGAUAUAUAUCGCUUCCAUCCAGCGCAAAUGGUGUAUUAG